UUUCAAAGUGUCUCUGAAAUUGUAGACAGCAUGCUGUGUGAAUUCAGUUCCUCACACAGAGCUCAGCCCUCCUCCUCCACAUUCAGCCUUAAAAGUUUUUCUUAAAAAAAAAAAACCUUCGCAAAACUGCUCCGCAACUUGAAAGGGGCAAAGAAAGAGAAUUUUUUUUUGUGUGUCUGUCCUGACACUUCCCCCAAAGCCCCAGCGCGGCAUCAAAGCCCGGCAGCGUUACACUGAGUCGCUCUCCCAUGUGGAAAGACUCAAGAAAUCAUCGGGAAAGUUUCUUAAAAGAAAAACAAGACUUCCUUCUCCAAGGUGGUCCCGGGCUGCCGUCUGCGAAUGGAAUAUUUAUAACCCGGCCUGCGUCGGGCAGACAAAAAUCACAUUUUUGUUAACCAUUUCUUUUUCUUUUGGUGGAUUUCAAGGGAAAAGAAAGAUGGGGAAAGUUUUGUGAAGAGGAAGGCUAACGAUCUUCAUCGCCACUGAUUCGGGUUUUCGUUUUUAAUCAUUUCUCUGGAUGUUACGUUUUUCUCCUGGAAAGAAGCGAAGUGCCCCGAAAAGUGGAAUUUCAGCCUCGAGGCACCAAAGGGUGCGAUUUUGGGGGAGAAAACAUCAAAAAGGAAAAGAAAAGGAUCCUUCCCUUGGCGCGCGAGUCACCAUCCCAGUCCGGCUCCCAAAGGCCUGGCCCCCUGGGGGGUCGGCGGCUCCCCCCGCCCGCCCGGAGCAGAUGUGCCCCUGAGCACGGCUGGGGCCCGACGGACCAUGUUCAACCCCAGGAACCCCCCCGGGAGCGGCUACAUGGAGCAUUGCUACCUGCGCCCCCGGCACGCGCCCGGCCCCGGCCCCGGCCUGGCAGACGGGCUGAGCGACUUCCCCAUGUGCCACCAGGCCAACCUGAUGGGCAGUCAUCAUGGGUACGGGCUGGCGCCGGGCAGCGAGCAUGCUGGGAAUGCCGACGGGUCCCGGUUCUCCACACCCCGCGGCGCGGCCAAGCUGACCAAGAAGCGGGCGCUGUCCAUCUCGCCACUGUCCGAUGCCAGCAUCGACCUGCAGACCGUCAUCCGCACCUCGCCCAACUCCCUGGUGGCCUUCAUCAACUCACGCUGUGCCUCGGCCAGCGGCUCCUACGGGCACCUCUCCAUUGGCACCAUCAGCCCGUCCCUGGGUUUCCAAAGCCCCAUGGCUCACCCGAAGGGGCAAGGGGCAGCGUUCGGCCCCCCCAUUCUCCCCUGUGGCUCCCAUGAACACCUCCCCGGCCGGCCGGGGUUCCUGCACCAUCCCCCGCCCCGCGGGACACCGAAGCAUUGCCAGAUGAAAUCAGAGCCCAGCCUGGGCGCCGCCCUGGGCACCAACGGCCUGGAGGAGAGAUCGGAGGGCGACGUCUCCAGCCCAGCCUCCACGGGGACGCAGGACCCGCUGCUGGGGAUGCUGGAGCCCCGGGAGGAGCUGGAGAAGGAGGACGGGAAGCAGGAGACGGAGGCCGUGUACGAGACCAACUGCCACUGGGAGGGGUGCACCAAAGAGUUCGACACCCAGGAGCAGCUGGUGCACCACAUUAACAACGAGCACAUCCACGGGGAGAAGAAGGAGUUUGUGUGCCACUGGCUGGAGUGCUCGCGGGAGCAGCGGCCCUUCAAGGCGCAGUACAUGCUGGUGGUGCACAUGCGGCGGCACACGGGCGAGAAGCCUCACAAGUGCACGUUCGAGGGCUGUCACAAGGCCUAUUCGCGCCUGGAGAACCUCAAGACCCACCUGCGGUCGCACACGGGUGAGAAGCCGUACGUCUGCGAGCACGAGGGCUGCAACAAGGCCUUCUCCAACGCCUCGGACCGCGCCAAGCACCAGAACCGCACCCACUCCAACGAGAAGCCGUACGUCUGCAAGAUCCCCGGCUGCACCAAGCGCUACACGGACCCCAGCUCCCUGCGCAAGCACGUCAAGACGGUGCACGGCCCCGACGCCCACGUCACCAAGAAGCAUCGGGGCGACACGGUGCUGAGCCGGGCGCUGGCUGCCCCGGGGGGCCCCGCAGACAUGAAGCAGGAGAAGGAGGGAGGCUGCCCCGGCGAGGGCAGGAAGGAUGAGGGGAAGCUGAUGGUGCCCGAGGCCACCUUGAAGCCCCAGCCCAGUCCCGGUGGGCAGUCGUCCUGCAGCAGCGAGCGCUCGCCCCUGGGCAGCGCCAACAACAACGACAGCGGGGUGGAGAUGAACGCCAACCCGGGCGGCAGCUUCGAGGACCUGUCCACGCUGGAGGACCCCCCGCCGGGGGAGCCCAUGGGCGCCUCGGGGCUCUCGGCCCUGCGCCGCCUGGAGAACCUCCGCAUCGACAAGUUCAAGCAGCUUCGGAAGCCCCCGCCCGGCAAGGGCCUGAAGCUGCCGGCCAUCCCUGGCACCGGCCCCCCCGGGGAGAUGCCCAGCCUGUGCGGCCCACCCCCCGCGGUCUCCCACCGCCGCGUCCUGGAGCUGUCCGCCAGCGACCUGGCCUCCGCGCCCCCGCUGAGCGAGCGCCGGGCCAGCACCUCCAGCACCGUCAGCUCGGCCUACACCGUCAGCCGCCGCUCCUCGCUGGCCUCGCCCUACCCGCGGGCCGCCGAGGGGCCGGGGGGGCUCCCCAGCAGCCUGGGCGUGGCCGAGGCCUACGACCCCAUCUCCCCCGACGCCUCCCGGCGCUCCAGCGAGGCCAGCCACUGCGGGGGGCUGCCGGGCCUGACGCCGGCCCAGCAGUACCACCUCAAAGCCAAGUACGCUGCGGCCACGGGCGGCCCCCCGCCCACCCCGUUGCCCAGCAUGGAGCGGGGGGCCCUGAGUGGCAGGACGGGGUUCCCCGGGGACUACCCGGGCCCAGCCGUGCCGUCCUUCCUGGCCAACGGCUCGCUGCGGCGGCACAGCACCAACGAGUACCCGGGCUACAGCCUCCACCCGCCCGGUGGCCGGCGGGCCAGUGACCCUGCCCGGACGGCGGCCGAGCCGCACGCCGCACCCAGCGUGCAGCGCUACAAGAGCGUGGGUAACGUGAGCGUGUCGGCCGUGGGCAGGGCCGGCCUGCAGCCCCUCGGGGGCACCGACGCCAGCCUGCAGCGCCACCUCUUCUCCCCUCGCCCGCCCAGCAUCAGCGAGAACGUCUUCCUGGAGAGCGUGGCCAUGGAGGGGCCCGGGGAGACCAGCCUGCUGGAGAUGGAGCAGUACCUGGGCUACCCGGAGCAGGGCUUCCAGUGCCAGGCGCCGGGCAUGGAGCUGCAGGGGGAGGGCGCCUAUAUCGGUGCCCACAGGACCAUGGGGGGCAUGCAGCUGAGCCCAGGUGCCCACGGGGAGCUGGAGGGGGGCCUUGGGCAGCCUGAUUUCUCGCUCCCCCAGUGCCAGGUGAACCAGCACUUCCAGGGCAUGCGCCCACCCGAUGCCAACAUCCCGGUGCCCUGGGAUGAGGCCGCCCCGGGGAGCCUGGAGAUGAACCCCAUGGUGCCCAGCCCGGUGGGCAGCCGGCAUUGCCACCACCAGUACCCGGCUCCCGGCGCCUGCGAGCCGCAGCCCAAGCACAUGGGCAUGUGCCACCCGGGCGGGUUCGCCGGCAGGCAGCAGUUCGGCGAGCUCAGCCAGCUGCAGAUCAAAGCGGAGCAGCAGCUCCCGGCGCCAGCGCUGACCCCCUGCCAGAACGCGCAGCAGCCGCCAGCCGCUGCGUUCGGCCAGCCCCGAGCCAUGGGGGCCGCCCCCGGCAGCGGGUACCAGGCCGAGCCCCAGCAGGGCUCCUGCUUUGCCAUGACCCCCCCGGGCAGGCGGCCCCAGACCCCCAUGCUGCAGGUCAAGGAGCUGAUGGUGCGGAAUUACGUGCAGUCCCAGCAGGCGCUGAUGUGGGGGGAGCAGCCGCAGCCCCCCCCGAAGGCCGGGGAGCCCAUGAUGGGGCUGGGCGGGGGGCCCGGGCACAGCCAGCCCCUGCGGCACCCCCCGGCGCCCCAGGCGUACCUCAGCCCCAAGUAUGGCGGCUACCCAGCCAAGCCAGGGCACCCGCUGGGCCCGCCCGAGAACCGGGCCCCGGCCAGCCAGUGCUUCAACCCCGAGCUGGUGCCCCACCCGCCCGGCGGGCCCAAGCCCCCGGCCAGGCAGAACAGCCUGGCCUACAUGGGCAGCCCAGGCCAGCCCAGCCCCUCCUGCGAGCCCCUGGAGGCCAGUCCCCGUAGGCUGCUGCGGCUGCCCCCCCUGCACGCCCCGCCCGAGGGCCCCGCCGAGGCGGCCAUGCUGUUCUACCCGGGGCAGGGCCCCGCGCAGCCGGGGAAGGGCGCCCACGGGCACCAGCCGGCCAGCUGCGGGGGCCAGGAUCCCGGCAGGCCGUACGCCCCCCGCCUGGAGAGCCUCAAGCCCGACUCCUUCCCCUACCUGGCACCAGAGGGGCAGGUCUCCAACAGCCUGGACUCGCUGGACCUGGAGAACACGCACCUGGACUUCACGGCCAUCCUGGACGACCCGGAGCCCCCGGCCCUGAGCCCCGCCCGGCUGCCCCCGCCCGGGCCCCCCAACAUGGCCAUCGGAGACAUGAGCUCCAUGCUGAGCUCACUGGCUGGGGAGAGCCACUUCCUCAACACCCUGUCCUAAGGCCCCCGCGCCUCCCCGGGCACCCACCCCCAGCGGGCAGGAGACACCCGCCUCGACAGGCUGCCCAGUGCCCUAAUACGGGACCCCCCACAUCCGGGAGAAGGGGCCCCCCGACUGGCCGGUGUCUCACC